AUGGUUAUAUGGCAAUCCUCGCGCCUGAGUGCUCGUAUCACGCAAGAAAUGAGAUCCCAGAAGAACUUGACCUCAAUAUCGAGCGGCAAGCGCUCUGCGUCGGCAGGAGUGCUACAGCAGGAGUCAAAGUUGAAGAAGGAGAUGGUCGCCGUCGCCCUGCCGGUGAUGCCCUCGGCAUGCUCGGCCGGCGGGAGAUUGGGUCUGGGGACGAUCAUGCGGAUGGGCACAUCACUUGCUCUAUGGGCGACGCUCGGUAUCCUAUGGCUACCAUGGGCUAGCUUGGUGAGCGCAAUGCGUCCCGGCCGGGUUGCACAACUGAGGCAGGAGACUGUGCACAUGUUCUAUCACGGUUUCGACAACUAUAUGGGCAUCGCCUUCCCCGAAGAUGAGUUGCGGCCCGUGUCUUGUACUCCAUUAACCCGAGAUCGCCUCAAUCCCCGACAUGUCGAGCUGAACGACGUCCUUGGAAACUACUCCUUGACCCUGAUAGACAGCCUGUCGACAUUGGCGAUACUUGCAUCUGCCCCACCCGAUACCGAGAAUACGGGGCCCAAGGCGUUGAAGGAUUUUCAGGAAGGGAUCGCUGCUUUGGUAGAGCAAUAUGGGGACGGGCGGCCCGGUCCGUCAGGUCAAGGACUUCGCGAAAGAGGGUUCAAUGUCGACAGUAAGGUACAAGUCUUUGAAACUGUCAUCAGGGGUGUGGGUGGCUUGUUGAGCGCGCAUUUGUUCGCUGUUGGGGACCUGCCAAUCUCCGGCUACGAUUCAGGAAGAACCAACGACGAUGUGGAACAACGCCCAGUCGUGUGGCCCAGCGGAUUCAAAUACGAUGGUCAACUCCUUCGCCUGGCGUUCGAUUUGGCUCAACGUUUGCUUCCUGCUUUCUACACCCAAACGGGCAUGCCCUACCCUCGUGUCAACCUCAGACACGGAAUCCCGUUUUACCUCAACUCCCCGCUCAACGAGAACAUCAGCCUAGAUUCCGACGGGGAUGGAGGUGAAGAUCCUCCCGAGAUUACCGAAACCUGCAGUGCUGGCGCAGGAAGUUUGGUGCUCGAGUUUACCGUCUUGAGCCGGUUAACAGGUGAUCCAAGGUUUGAACAGGCGGCCAAGAGAGCGUUUUGGGCUGUCUGGUCAAGGAGGAGUAACAUUGGCCUCAUAGGUGCCGGUGUUGAUGCUGAGGCCGGCCACUGGAUCGGCGGCUUUUCUGGCAUCGGUGCUGGAAUUGACAGUUUCUUCGAAUAUGCGUUGAAAACACAUAUUUUAUUGUCCGGCCACGAGCUGCCUAAUCGCACGAUGCCCUCCCAUAUGCCAUAUGGCAGUUCGCUCGACCCAAACUCCAUCUACACUCCUCUGUCUGACGAGGACAAUUCACCAGAUGCGUUUUUAGAAGCCUGGCAUCAUUCCCAUGCCGCUAUCAAACGACAUCUGUACUCAGAUAUGCAUCAUCCACAUUACAUCAACGUCCACGUCUCCACAGGUUCGCCCCAAGCGUAUUGGAUCGACAGUCUGGGGGCAUAUUACCCGGGCCUCUUGACCCUCGCCGGCGAGCUCGAAGAGGCUAUUGAGACACAUCUUCUUUACACAGCAUUAUGGACUCGAUAUUCUGCACUACCGGAACGAUGGUCUGUCCGCGACGGUAAUGUCGAAGGUGGCCUAGGCUGGUGGCCUGGUCGUCCUGAGUUCAUCGAGUCCACCUAUCAUAUUUAUCGAGCUACGAAGGAUCCGUGGUAUCUCUAUGCUGGCGAGAUGGUCCUAAAGGAUAUUACCAGGAGGUGCUGGACCAAGUGCGGCUGGUCAGGUUUGCAAGACGUCAGGACGGGGGAGAAGAGCGACCGGAUGGAGAGCUUCUUUCUUGGUGAGACAGCCAAGUAUCUGUAUCUCUUGUUCGAUCCCAAUCAUCCAUUGAACAAGCUAGAUGCACCUUACGUCUUCACCACCGAAGGACAUCCACUUCUCAUUCCCCGAAGACCCGGUCGCACCACGAAACACAACAACGCGCCUCCAAUCAAAAAGGAUAUACAAUCCUACCUUGACGAUAACUUUACCAACUCAUGCCCUCUUCCACCACCGCUCCCACCUUUUACUGGGUCUGCAACUGCAGCGCGGCCAGAUCUUUACCAUGCCUCUAGCUUAAUUCGCCUACACCAGGUUCCAAACAUCCAUGCGGCUAUCUCAGCUCCAGAGACACUACUUGGACCUGGAGAACCACAAUCGAAGCAGGCCUUUGGAGCAAAGCCCAAUCAUACAGUCUUCCCCUGGACCUUGCCGUCCUCGAUGCUGCCAAGUGAUGGUAUUUGCGCAGUUAUACGUCAACAACACACCUCCACGAUCGAAUUCCCCUCCAACACCCAGCAAGUUGUUGGAAGUGCGCUCAAUAUGAUGUUCGGCGGCCACAACCUUGUUCGCAUGGCCGAAGGAAUCGCAAUCAAUAGUCUCAAUGGCCUCAAGCUGACUAUGGUGCAAGAAGAGCCGCCGGACGUGAAUGAUCGCACAUGGAGAGUCCAAAGCAUUGGGAACUUGCCGCUGGGUAAAGAUGAGAAAGUCUUCAUGAGUCGUGAUAUCCUCACAGACAUGGCGGAUCCACUUUUCCAUCGAAUCAGAGACUCGGUCAUCGUUGAUAUCCUCAUCCAGUCUGAGGUGCCGGCUGAGAAGAAUGAAACGACCGUGUUUGAUCAGAAUGAUGGGACUAGGCCAGAGACUACUCAAGCACCAAUCGAGACGCAGGAAAGAGGACUGGGAGCUACUAACCUCUUCAGUUCCUUCUUGCAGCAAAUUACGUCGGUGCUGAAAGAGCCAGUCGCUACGCUCGGUCCCCUGCCAGCUCCGAUCCCCCAAUACCGGUACGCAGAAGUUCCUGCAAUUACACCGGUCGGACUUGGCGCAGCUCCAGUGCCUGAUGUUUUAGAAGCUCCCAAUCCUAUUUCAGGUACACACAUCGACUCAUUGUCGUGGAAAAGGAUCUACUUUGCGGAUCAGGCCUGCCACGGGAAGCUGCCAGACACAGCAGCUAAGAACCACCAGGUCAUCAUCAUGCGGCGAGGUGGCUGUUCGUUCUCUGAAAAGCUGGCCAAUGUUCCAGCAUAUGCACCGCAUCGAAACGCGCUGCAGCUCGUCAUCGUCGUUUCGGAGGAUGACGAGGAAAGCAAUGAGGGAGAUUAUGACAUCUGGGGCUUCAACUUUGUCAGGCCGCUACUGGACGAAACUCAAAGGACGCCUUCGGGGAUUGUCAGACACCAUCCUAUUGCGAUGCUCAUGGUGGGUGGUGGCGGUGAAACUUAUGAGGCUCUGGAAAAGGCGAGGAGUCUCGGAUUGAGGAGGAGAUACCAUGUUGAAAGCCAGGGCUUAACUGUGAGCAAUCUUGUUGUGUUAUAA